AUGCAUGCCAACUAUUGCCCAGAGAGUGAAAUAUUAGCCGUUGGGAUGGCACCUUAUGCUCAUCUGGCGGUUUAUAAAGUAUGUUUUGGUCUAGAUUGGCCAGAGAGUGACAUCUUAACCGGGCUUGAUGCUGCAGUAGCUGAUGGAGCUGAUGUGAUAUCAAUUUCUAUUGGAGAAGAAAACAUGCCUUUUUUUCAAGACAGCAUUGCAAUAGCCUCAUUUCAAGAAAAAAAUGCCUUUUUUUCCCAAUGUAAUGUUCGGUAA